AUGGCUGAGCCCCGACCAAUCCCUGAAAUCAUUUAUGGGACCGCCUUCAAGUUUGAUAAAACAGCCCAUCUUGUCGAGGCAGCGUUGAAAGCAGGUUUCCGAGGCAUUGACACCGCUGGUAGCAGCCAUGCAUACAGAGAAGCUCUUGUUGGCGAAGGGAUCGCAGCUGCUAUGACUUCUGGUGGUUUCUCGCGUGAGGAUUUAUACAUCCAAACCAAGUUUUCUCCUUACAAAGAAGGCAGAGACCCGGCGAAUUAUCCGUACGAUACUACAGCAAGCAUACCUGACCAAAUAGAGCAGUCAAUUGCAGCAUCGCUACUUAAUCUAAAAACUGAUCAUAUCGACUGUCUGAUCCUACACUCACUGUACCCAAAGAUAGAGGAUACCAUUCUGGCAUGGCAGGUCAUGGAAAAAUUAGUGCCAUCGCGUGUCCACUCUCUCGGACUUUCAAACGUCGAUCUCGAUUCACUCCAAAAGGUCUAUAAUUCAGCCACAAUCAAACCCCGAACGGUGCAAAACCGAUUCACGGAAGAUACAGUUGAUAGUCCAACACCCAACUUCCCGAAGGAUCUACCAUAUCCGGUAAUUCCGUUCGAUCGGGAUGUUCGCGAUUACUGCAGAAGACACGACAUCGUCUAUACGCCAUGGGGCUUGCUAUGGGGAAAUCCAAGUCUACUCGAUAACCCAGAGCUAUUUAUGAGAAUGGGGCAAGUACUUCAGGUUUCAAAGCAAGUGGCAUGCUAUGCGUAUAUACUGCACUCGCGGUCAUGCAGUAUGAAGAUACUGUGUGGGACAACCAAAGACGAUAGAAUGGCCGAAACAUUGAAUGGGCUAGAAAAGAUAAAUGUGUUUUUGGCUGAGAGUGACGCGAAUCGCGCUAUAUUUCAAGGAUGGGUAGAGAAGGUCGAUAGAAUAAUCGACCAGAUUGAUAAGUAA